AUGGGGAAAAUGAUGGUGGGAGUGGUGCUUCUUCUGCUGCAUCUUCUAAUCUCUCAGGAUAUGGUUUUAUGGCAGGCUGAAGCAGCACUUUGCAAAUCGGAGAGCAAGAAGUUUCAUGGGCCGUGCUUCAACGACAAAAACUGUGGACAGAUUUGCGAGUCCGAAGGCUUUCUUUCCGGCAAGUGCGAUUGGACGAAAUGCAUCUGCUACAAAGACUGUGGCGGCGGCGGCCGCGGCGGUGGCGGUGGCGGAAGUGGUGGCGGCCCCUGCCCGAAACCUCCAUGCCCAACGCCUCCAUCUCCGAAGCCGCCCUGCCCUAAACCUCCGUCUCCCUGCCCGACGCCUCCAUCUCCAAAGCCUCCGUGCGGGCCUCCAUCGGCCAAAUAA